GGGCGUAGGACAGGUAAGACGCAGGAUAGACCAGAAGCCAAUCACUGCUUAAUUUGAAAAAGAGGCCUCAUUGCGGCCGGUCAGCCUUCUUCACGGCUACCACCAUGUCGAUGUCGAGCGGUCUGUCAUCGCCAACCUUCACCUCCGUCUCGACCACCUCGUCGUUCGACAUGGUGUCGCUGAGGUCCCGCUCAUCGUCUACCAAGUCUUCUCAGUCAUUCACCUUGUCUGAGGACGUCGACUCCGACGACGAGAUUGUUUGGAGCGUCGCAUCCUCUGGCAUUUUAUCGCAAUCCGACCUAUCGACUGAAAGCAGCCUUUUCCCUUUAUCAGAGGAUGAUUUCGUCCUUCUUGAUCCACCCGGUACCCUUAAUACUCACAGUGGUCUCUCGACUCCGAGCCCUGUUGUAUCUCAAGCUUCUGAUGAUACUUCUUCCAUCAGCCUAUCUUCUGACUUCGCCGGUCUUUCCCUCACCGCAACCGCCCCAAAGCGAAAGGCGAAGGCUUGCAAGCGAAAGAAGAAGCGGUUGCCCUCUGCUGCAACAUCCGCCGCAGCUUCUUCGCAACCUCCAGAGCGACCGUCGUCAGUAGCGACCCUGACCAAGGCUUCGCUGCCGAUGCCCAAAUCUAAGCGCAGACGUUCUCGUAAGUCCAAGAACGCUGAGUCUCAUGCAGGUUUGGGCACCCGUCCUAUUGUGGACGACAUAUCAGAGGGAAUAUCUGAAAGGGGCGAUGCUGUCACUUCAUUAUACGAUGAUGCUGUCCGUUACAUAACCUCAUUCCUUACCAAUCCGGCAGCGAAGGAGACUGUAUGUCACUUACGGUUGCUUCAGUCUCUCAUCAUCGAACUGGGAUUAGUAACGUCCUCCAUUCCGACUUCGCUCACGUCUGCAAAAACUCUCAUCAAGUCCCAAGCGUUUGUAAAUAUUCGAGAUUAUCUCGCUGUUCGCGGACAGGGUCUUGCAGCUGUUCAGAGCGCCAUGCACCCCAGCAGGUCUGCCUUGCGUAAGGAUAUCAAGAGAAAAGGGAACCAGGCAUCACUCAAGUGGGUUAAGCAGAAUGGAUUACAAGUCUUACUUGUGUCCUGCUAUCCUUAGUUGGAGAUGUUGAGGAGACGAACGUGCAGUCAUGAAGAUGAUCUAAUUUCAUUGUAUUGUAUUUCUCUCUAUUUCUUGGAAUUCGCACUACAUUUGCUUCACAGUUAUUUGCCGAUUGUCACAGCAUUCUCUGUUUGCAUACAGUAAUGUGUUUUUCCGUCCGUCAUUGUUGUCAUACUAUCCUACUAUCGCCAGCCAAACUUUACCCUUUGCUCAGUUCUGAUUACCACAUAGCGACAUAUCUACAUAUUUCCUUGCUUUACAAUAAAUGAACCAGGGAUCUGCCUCGACCUUGUGCAAUACAUCUGUCACAAUUUCCGUAUUUUCCAAUAUACUACGCUAUUGCUGUAUCCGGCUACGGCGGUCUGUUCAA